GGCAGCCUUGCGACUUUCUAAGGUUAUUUGCCCUUAGUUCACAUGGCCGUAACUGCCUCACCAAAAGUAGUCUGUGACGUCUGCGCUCUUAGUGGGCUUCUCCUCUGAAUCUACACUAGUAAGGCGACAGCUAAAAGUAUAUCGGGAUGUUUUCGUUGUAAUAUGGCAGGUAGCCGGGGCAAAGCAGUGCUUCCAAGUGACAUUUCAGCCCCGGACAACUUGCAGGUAUCCAGCCAUGUGGAUGAAACGUCUGGGGGUCAGCUGCGCCCCCUGCAGCCUGCCCCUGAUCCCCCUGAAACCCACUCCCACCGGCAGGAGAAUGAACUACAGGCCCUGGAGGCCAUCUAUGGGAAAGACUUUACUGACCUGAGAAAGAAGGCUCCCUGGAAGAUACAGCAGCCCCCUGAAGUUGUUCUUGCCUUGUACCCUCAGGGAUGUGUAGCUUAUGUCAAGGUGGAUUUGUGGGUAAAGUGCCCUGAAACCUACCCUGAUGUUCCACCUGAAAUCAAGUUGAAAAAUGUGACCGGUUUAUCCAAUGAAAAUAUGAACGCUUUGACUUCUAGUUUGGAAGAGUUGGCAAAACAACUUUGUGGGGAGGUAAUGAUCUAUCAGCUUGCAGACCAUGUCCAGUGCUUUCUAAUGGAGUACAAUCACCCACCUCCGAAAUCAUUUCAUGAAGAGAUGUUAAAAAACAUGCAGAAGCAGCAGGAGAAAAUCGCUCUUGAAGAAGAGAGGAGAAGAGAGGAGCUUCAGAAGGAAGAAGAGCAGAGGAGGCGGGAGAUUUUGGAUGAAAUCCAGAAGCGUGAAGAAGAGAAAAAAGAAGAGAAACGAAGGAAGGAAUUGGAGAAACAGGAACGAAUUGAAAAUGCCAAUCUGGCUUACCAAGAAAAUGUUAAUAGGAUUAAUAAUUCAGGGUCCAAAACACCAACCAAUACGAAUGGAAGCUUAAUUGAACAAGGAGGAUGUAACAGAAAUAGAACAAAUUCUGCCAUACGCUCAAAGCGAGAUCGUCUAUACUCUGUUUGUAGUAGUGAUGACAGCAAUGCCUCCUAUGAAAUGCUCACAUUUGAUAUUGGAAGCAGCGGGCAACUGGUUGUGCAUCGUGGGAAAUGUGUGGGAAAGGAUGAACAGCUGGGUAAAUCAGUUUACAAUGGUUUGGAGGUAGCUUCUGGAAAUUUUGUCAUGAUAUAUGAAUGGGUCCUUCAGUGGCAGAAAAGUAUGGGCAAGUUCCUUACUGACCAAGAGAGAGACAAAGUUGAAAAGUGUAAAAAGCAGAUUCAGGGCACAGAAACUGAAUUCAAUUCUCUCACUAAACUGGGCCACCCAAAUAUUGUGCACUAUUUAGCAAUGCAAAUUAAAGAACAAGAAGAUUCAAUUUCCGUUGCAAUAGUAACUGAGCACGUCAAUGGAUCUGCACUUUCCAGCUUUCUCCUAAAGGAAGUUCCUGUCUCUGUAGAUCAACUGCGUCAUUAUACCGCUCAACUUUUGUCUGCUUUGGAUUAUCUACACGUAAAUUCAGUUGUGCACAAGGUCUUGUGUGCUUCCAAUGUGUUUGUUACUACUGAUGGGACAGUGAAAUUAUCAGACUACAGUCUUUCCAAACGCUUAGCCGAUUUGUGUAGGGAAGAUAUUUUUGAACAGACCAAAGUGCGCUUCAGCGAGGAUGCUCUGCCUAGCAAAACUGGGAAGAAAGGAGAUAUCUGGAAACUUGGUUUAAUGCUGCUUUCUCUUAGUCAGGGAAAACUAACAAAAGAAUAUCCAGUCAAAGUGCCUAGCAACCUUCCUGCUGAUUUCCAAGAUUUUCUGAAAAAAUGUGUUUGCUUGGAAGACAAGGAGCGUGCAAGUACACAGUCACUUUUGGGGCACGACUUUAUUAAUCCACCACCUCCGAAAAGUCUUUCAAGUGAGGACAGUCCUGAAGAUUUCACAGGUGUGGACUGUACAGAAACGGUUAUACCGAGCAACCUCAUAUCUAAUGCCACAUUUCACAUAGAAUCUCAGAGGCCUUUUUCUCGAUAUUACAAUGAGUUUGAAGAAUUAAAAAUGCUUGGAAGGGGAGCAUUUGGCGCAGUAAUUAAAGUUCAGAACAAUCUAGAUGGCUGCUAUUAUGCAGUAAAGAGGGUGCAAAUUAAUCCAGCGAGCAAACAGUUCAGAAGAAUUAAAGGUGAAGUGACAUUGUUAUCUCGGCUCAAUCAUGAAAACAUUGUAAGAUACUACAAUGCUUGGAUUGAAAAACAAGAGCAUCCCUCUUCUGUGACCCCAAAACCUGAAGCUGUAGAAGAAGAAAAAAGAGUGGUGGCAAAGCCAGAGCAGAUUGUAAAGAAUGACCUGGGUUUGUUAGAUGAUAUAGAGGCCAAUGCACCUGCCCCCAUCAUGACAAGUUCUGUUGAGUGGAGCACAUCUUGUGAAAGAUCAUCCAGUGCACAUUGUAGCAGUGGUGAUCAGGAUUCAAGUGAUGAAGAUGAUGAGGAUGACGACGAUGAGGAGGGAGUCUUUUCACCAUCAUUUCUGCCAGGAAUGGACUCUGACAGUGAGAUAAUUUUUGAAAAUGAAGAUGAGAACAGUCCUGUACAGGACGAAGAAUGUGACAAAAACAAAGACCAAAAAUCCUCCAGUUCUGAAAUGGUGACUCUGAAUCAGACCGUGCAUUACCUAUAUAUUCAGAUGGAAUACUGUGAGAAGAGUACCCUACGGGACACAAUAGACCAGGGAUUAUAUCUUGACAUAAGUCGUCUCUGGAGGUUAUUUCGGGAAAUUUUGGAGGGGUUGACAUAUAUUCAUGAACAGGGGAUGAUUCACAGAGAUUUAAAGCCUGUAAAUAUCUUCUUGGAUUCUGAUGACCAUGUGAAGAUUGGAGAUUUUGGUCUGGCUACAGAUCAUCCGGCCUAUGUUACUGAUGCAACACAAGGAGAUGAUGAUCAAGUUGUCAGUGAUCUUGUUAAAGUUGAUCCUGAAGGGAAAUUAACUGGUAUGGUUGGUACUGCCUUGUAUGUAAGCCCUGAGGUUCAGGGGAACACUAAAGCCUCUUACAACCAGAAAGUGGAUCUCUUCAGCCUUGGUAUAAUUUUAUUUGAGAUGUCCUACCGGCCAAUGGAUACAAGCUCAGAAAGGAUUUCAGUAUUAAGCAAGCUAAGACAGCCUUCAAUUGUCUUCCCAAAUGAUUUUGAGACGUGGGAGACUGAAAAACAGAGGAAAGUUAUUGCCUGGCUGUUAAACCACGAUCCAGCAUCCCGUCCGACUGCCAUGGAACUGCUUAAGUGCGAUAUUCUACCCCCACCACAACUGGAAGAAUCAGAGCUCCAUGAGGUUCUCCAUCAUACGUUAGCCAAUAUUGAUGGCAAAGCUUAUCGCACAAUGAUGAACCAGAUUUUUUCCCAGAGAAUAACGCCUGCUAUGGACUAUACUUAUGACAGUGAUAUUUUGAAGGGAAGUUUUUCCACACGUGCUGCACGGUUGCAUCAUUAUGUGUGCGAGACUGUCUCCCGGAUAUUCAAAAGACAUGGGGCAGUGAAACUGCAUACUCCUUUACUGAUGCCCCGAAACAAAACCGUAGCAGAAAGCAGUGAGUCUGCGUGCUUUAUGGAUCACAGUGGCAUGCUUGUAACUCUGUCUUAUAAUCUCAGGAUACCAUUUGCCAGAUUUAUUGCUAGAAAUAAUAUAACCAAUUUAAAAAGAUACUGUAUUGAAAGGGUAUUUAGACCACGGAAACUGAACCGAUGCCAUCCCAAAGAACUUAUUGAAUGUGCCUUUGAUAUAAUCACAUCAGCUACAAACAGCUACCUGCCUAUUGCAGAAACGAUAUACACAAUAUAUGAGAUUAUACAAGAAUUUCCUGUUUUGCAGGAAAGGAAUUACAGUAUUUAUGUGAAUCACACAUCAUUAUUGAAGGCCAUUCUUCUGCAUUGCGGAGUGCCUGAGGAUAAACUCAUCCAGGUGUAUAAUAUCCUCUAUGACUCCAUGGUUGAGAAGUUGACAAAGAGAGAGGUUGAAGCCAAGUUUUGCAAUCUGUCGCUCUCUGAGAAUAGCUUGCAUCGGCUUUAUCGGUUUAUUGAGCAGAAAGGAGAACUUCAUGAACUGGAGCCAAUGAUCACCUCUCUCACCAAGCAGAAAGCAGGAGUCAGUGUGUUGGCAAAGCAAGGGUUAAAAGACCUACAGGAAGUUAUUGGCUUUGUGAAGAGACUUGGCAUAAAACUUCAGGUAGUUGUAAACUUUGGGCUUGUGUAUAAGAUGCAGCAACACAGUGGAAUUGUUUUCCAGUUUGUGGCAUUUAUCAAGCGCAGACAAAGGACUGUUCCUGAUAUCCUGGCAGCUGGGGGUAGAUACGACCAUCUGAUUUCACAGUUUAAAGGACCUCAUGCUGGAGUCAAUGUUUUACCCAAUGCUGUGGGUGUUAGUAUAGCAAUAGAUAAAAUAUCUGCAGCUCUUUCCAGUACAGAAGAACAUGCCAGCAGCUGUGACUUGUUAGUUGUCAGUGCUGGAACGAUGUCUGUAAAUCGAGCCAUUGGAAUUAUUCAGAAGCUUUGGGCUGCGGGUAUUACAGCAGAGAUCAUGCAUGACUGGUCAGAGUCCCAGGAUGAGCUGCACGAGUAUUGCAGUAACUCAGAUAUUACCUAUGCUGCUAUUAUCUCCGAUAAAGAAGGGAAUCAUGUAAAGUUAAAAGUGUUUGAGAAGGAAAGACAGAGCGAGAAAAGGAUGUUAGAGACUGAUCUAGUGGAUCAUAUGGUACAGAAGCUACGUAUGAAAGUCUCUGAUGAAAGAAAUAGCAGAGAAGCAUCAGACAGCCUGUCAGUGCAAAAUGUCAAGGGAUCAUUUGCAAACAAUCAGGGUUUGUCUGAACAACACAGUACUACACUAAGUCCAGGUAUCAGCGUCAUAUCCCCAGAAAAGCUGUCUGCCAGCGCAAGGAGACGAUUUGAAAUGCAUGUCAUUUCAAAACUUCAGACAUUUAUGACAAAUUUCCAGCAGAGAAAUAGUGAAAUAGAAAUUUUGGCAGUAGAUCUGCCAAAAGAAACUAUACAAGUAUUAUUAUCCUUAGAGUGUGCAGAUGAGCAAGUCUUCAAUGCUUCGGUGAAAACACUUAUGUCUCGAUUGCCAAAACAAAGAUAUCUAAAGACCAUUUUUGAUGAAAUUUAUACUAUCAAAAUAGAAAAACGAGUGCCAGUGCUUGUGCUGUACAGUUACAGAGACGAUUACUACAAGAUACUGUUUUAGUGCAGAGCUUUUGUACAUUAGCAUGCCAUAUAGGAUCUUGAGCCAAGACAUUUUGGAACAGAAGUGGAUUUUAAUAACAGCACUUUGAUUCUACGUUUACAAUUCAGUCCUUAAAGAUUUUGAGUAUUUCAUCCAGGAAGGAAUUUGUAUACUGUAUUAUCUUAAGGUUCAAAAAACCUUUUCAUAAGCUGUGAUCAUGUGUUCUUUAUAUUUUACACAAAGGAUGAAGGUAUUCUUUUUAUUGAUUUUGUAUACAUUCCUAUUAAGAAAACCUGUUUUAUUAGUUCAUAAAAAUGCUUAUUUAUAUUUUUGAAGAAAAAAAAAAAUCAGGUACUUUAUAAUCAGAGGGAUGUAUCAUCUGUUCUGAUAUUCUGACCAUUGUCUAAUAUAUGGUGAAUAAAGGCCUGUUGUUGCCUCUGUUUUUAUUUUGAGCAGAUUUUGAUUAUUAAAUAGGAUAAAAGAUGUGUGUUUUGCGAAAAUAGUUAUCAUAAGGAAAACAAUACAGGUAGUUAUAAGUGCCAUCAUUUAUUGCCAAACUGAAGUCUCACAAACUGUUGAAUUUCUGUGUUAUAAUUCCUGUAACUUGUUCUGAACCUGUAUAGGAAACAUGACUUGGCACAUUA